GGAAGGGUUUUCCGAAGGCAUUAGCCCUGGGUCAAAGCUGCACUCUUGUUGAUUCAUAGGCCCAUCUUGCAGACAUGUGGCAGCAGAUCCUGCAGAAUGUCAGGUCUUAUGACUCACCCCAGAAAAACAUGAUUGCAGCUUCUUGUGCGCUCGGAGGUGGAGGCCUCCUAGUAUAUUGGCUUCUGUCUAGGCAGAGGAUGAAGACCCUAGAAAUGGGAGAUGGAUGGUGGGGCUCUGGAGAGAGGCCACAUACUGAUGUAGAAGAUAAAGGAAUUAGACCUUUCAAAGUAGAGACAUCAGAGGAGGAAAUCCAGGAUUUGUACCAGCGUCUCGAUCAGACCCGCUACACAUCACCACUGGAAGGGGCUGCCUUCAACUACGGUUUCAACUCCAACUAUCUGCAGAGAGUGGUCUCCUACUGGAGAACCCAGUUUGACUGGCAAAAACAAGUUAAAAUCCUCAACCAGUACCCACAUUAUAAGACAACCAUUGAAGGAAUUGAAGUUCAUUUCAUCCAUGUGAAACCAUCUCACACCCCGAAAGGUCAGAGUGCCAGGCCGUUGCUGAUGGUGCAUGGUUGGCCCGGCUCCUUCUAUGAAUUCUAUAAGAUCAUCCCACUGCUUACGGACCCUACUGGUCAUGGACUGAGUGGCGAAAAUGUGGUGUUUGAGAUCAUCUGUCCAUCCAUCCCAGGUUAUGGUUUCUCAGAGGCCCCUCACAAACAGGGCUUUGAUUCAUUGGCUGCUGCUCGAAUCUUUCACAAGCUAAUGCAGAGACUUGGCUUCCAGGAUUAUUACCUACAGGGUGGAGACUGGGGUUCCAAGAUCACCACAAACAUAGCCCAGAUGGUGCCACAGUCUGUAAAAGGGCUUCAUCUGAACAUGGUUUUCAUCACUAAUGUUAGCUUGAUUGGUUUACUACUGGGAGCCUACGUACCAUGGCUGGUGGGCCUCACCAGGGAAGACGUGCGUCGUUUAUUCCCAUACUUUGAGAAGCAUGUGUAUGAAAUUUUGCGAGAAUCUGGUUACUUACACAUCCAGGCCACCAAGCCUGACACAGCAGGCUGUGGAUUGAAUGAUUCUCCUGUGGGACUUGCUGCAUACAUCCUGGAGAAAUUCUCCACCUGGACAGACAAAUCAUUCCGGAACAUGGACAAUGGAGGUCUGGAAAGGAAAUACUCUCUUGAUGACCUUUUGACCAAUAUCAUGAUUUACUGGGUCACUUCCUCCAUUGUACCAUCAAUGCGUUUUUACAAGGAGAAUUUUUCCCAGAGUCCCCAUACUGCUCCUGACAACAGGAUUGAAGUCUAUGUUCCUACUGGUAUUGCUGCCUUCCCUGGUGAACUUACUCAUGCCCCACGUUCCUGGGCAAAGAAGAAGUUUAAGAACAUUGUCACCUAUUCCUACAUGCCACGGGGCGGACAUUUUGCUGCCUUUGAGGAACCGGCGCUUUUAGCUCAAGACUUCAGGCAGUUUGUGAAGAAGGUGGAACACCUGUAAGUUAAUAUUAAAUGGCACAAGCAUUGCAGAGAGCUCUAUGAACCAAGAGUUGGAAGCUUUCCAACAACUAAACAGCACUUAAAGCAUGUAUUUACUCCUUAAGUUUUGGAUAGGCAAGUAUUUUUCUAUGAGGCUAGCUGUGGAAGCCAUACAAAGUAGUGUAAAAAAGGGGGGGAGACACUGUUUACAUUAAAGCAACUUCUUUUUAAAGCCAA